AUGUCGACUCCCUCAACCGCGACCGCGACCCAUCCGACGACGACGCAUCAUCAGCCACACUACGGAUAUCAUCAACCCUACCAGCCAAGCGUAUCCUAUCCGACCACGUCCGCCACGACUGCCGCUCGUCUAGCCACCUCCUCCUACCCCUUCACAUCCACCGCAACGACAACGACUCUUCCCUACGCUCCAUCUCCCAAAACCUUGCCGACCCCGUCUACCGCCACGAUGGCUCAAGCCCACCCCGGAAGGAGGAAGAAGCCGGACUGGGGCGAAUUUUACAAGAAUGGCAUUCCCAAGGAGGUCAUUGUCAUUGAUGACACCCCUCCGCCCGACUCGGCCAACAAGCCUGCCGCGCGCAACGUCGCCCCGGCCGCUGGCAGUAAUAACACCGGAUCCCAACCCGCAGGCAAGAGACGCCGAACCGGCAUCGAAACCGCCUACGAAAUGGGCUACUAUGACCGCCCCUCAUACUCCAUCAACCCCCAGCGCUACGGGGAAGAGUCCUCCGCCGCCUCCCUCUCCACCGAUCGGACGACCUCCCUCCAUACGACGGCUCCCACCUCCCUCUCCCAAGGGAGUUCCGGUGCCAGCAAUGGCAUCUACUACGAGGAUGCCAAUAUCGGUCAGAAGCGCAAGCGGGUCGCCACCCGCAAAUCCACCCGCGACGAGCAAAAACGCCGCGAGCUGGAAACCGCCGCUGAUGCGUUCUUGAGCUACGUGCCUCCCCCGAAGCCUCCCAUCAAAGCCAAGGACGUUCCGGUCCCGGUGAUUCGUGAUAAUUUUAGUCGCACCGAAAAAUACGAUGACGAUGACGGUCAUUAUAUUGUGAAUCCGAAUACCCCCUUGACCGAUCGAUACUCCAUUAUCAAAUUGCUUGGACAAGGCACGUUUGGAAAGGUGGUGGAGGCCUAUGAUAAACAACGCAAAACUCGGUGCGCGGUCAAGAUCAUUCGUUCGAUCCAGAAGUAUCGGGACGCGUCCCGGAUCGAGCUGCGGGUACUGUCCACUCUUGCCUCCAACGACCAGUCCAAUCGAAACAAGUGCAUCCACCUGCGGGAUUGUUUCGAUUAUCGAAAUCACAUUUGCAUCGUGACGGAUCUGCUGGGACAGAGCGUCUUUGACUUCCUCAAGGGCAACGGCUUCGUGCCUUUCCCCAGCAGCCAGAUCCAGAACUUUGCCCGGCAACUCUUUACGAGUGUAGCUUUCCUCCACGAUCUCAACCUCAUUCACACCGACCUGAAACCCGAAAACAUCCUCCUGGUCAACAACAACUACCAGACCUUCACCUACAACCGACAUAUCCCCUCCUCCUCAUUCGCCAUCUCUCGUAAAGCCACGCAACGACGUGUCCUGCUGGACAGCGAGAUUCGUCUGAUUGACUUCGGCUCAGCUACCUUUGAUGAUGAAUAUCACUCAUCGGUAGUGUCCACCAGACAUUAUCGAGCGCCUGAGAUUAUCCUGAACUUGGGCUGGAGUUUCCCAUGUGACAUCUGGAGUAUCGGGUGUAUUCUUGUCGAAUUCUACACCGGUGAUGCCUUGUUCCAGACACACGACAACCUGGAGCACCUUGCUAUGAUGGAGGCGGUCAUCGAUGACAAGAUUGACAGCAAGCUUGUCCGGCAAGUCAUGCAAGGCGGACGGAGCGGGAAUCAAAAUCAAGCUGCCAAAUACUUCUAUCGGAGCAAGCUCAACUAUCCCAAUGACGAUACCACCCGGGCCUCCCGAAAAUACGUCAAGGCGAUGAAGCCAUUGGAGCAUUUUAUCCCCCAGGGGAACAAGUUCCACCGGUUAUUCCUGGAUCUGUUGAAGCGUAUCUUCGUGUACGAUCCGAAGCAGCGUAUCACCGCCAAAGAAGCCUUGAAGCAUCCUUGGUUCAAGGAGAGCCUCAUCGAUGACGGUACUGAAGCGUUGCGGAUCAAGGAACAAUUGUCCCGCAACUUCGGCCGUUAG